GCCGACCCCGCCUGAGCCGCGGCCGCAGCCCCAUCCAGCCCCGCGCCCGCCAUGCCAUCCGCCGACCCCGCCUGAGCCGCGGCCUCCGCGCGCGGGCGGGCCUGGGGACGGCGGGGCCAUGCGCGCGCUGCCCUAACGAUGCCGCCCGCCGCGCCCGUGCGCCUGGCGCUGGCCCUGGGCCUGGGCCUGUGGCUCGGGGCGCUGGCGGGGGGCCCCGGGUGCGGCUGCGGGCCCUGCGAGCCCCCCUGUCUCUGCGGCCCAGCGCCCGGCGCCGCCUGCCGCGUCAACUGCUCGGGCCGGGUGCGGACGCUCGGUCCCGCGCUGCGCAUCCCCGCGGACGCCACAGCGCUAGACGUCUCCCACAACCUGCUCCGGGCGCUGGACGUUGGGCUCCUGGCGAACCUCUCGGCGCUGGCAGAGCUGGAUAUAAGCAACAACAAGAUUUCUACGUUAGAGGAAGGAAUAUUUGCUAAUUUAUUUAAUUUAAGUGAAAUAAACCUGAGUGGGAACCCGUUUGAGUGUGACUGUGGCCUGGCGUGGCUGCCGCGAUGGGCGGAGGAGCAGCAGGUGCGGGUGGUGCAGCCCGAGGCAGCCACGUGUGCUGGGCCUGGCUCCCUGGCUGGCCAGCCUCUGCUUGGCAUCCCCUUGCUGGACAGUGGCUGUGGUGAGGAGUAUGUCGCCUGCCUCCCUGACAACAGCUCAGGCACCGUGGCAGCAGUGUCCUUUUCAGCUGCCCACGAAGGCCUGCUUCAGCCAGAGGCCUGCAGCGCCUUCUGCUUCUCCACCGGCCAGGGCCUCGCAGCCCUCUCGGAGCAGGGCUGGUGCCUGUGUGGGGCGGCCCAGCCCUCCAGUGCCUCCUUCGCCUGCCUGUCCCUCUGCUCCAGCCCCCCGCCGCCUCCUGCCCCCACAUGUAGGGGCCGCACCCUCCUCCAGCACGUCUUCCCUGCCUCCCCAGGGGCCGCCCUGGUGGGGCCCCACGGACCCCUGGCCUCUGGCCGGCUAGCAGCCUUCCACAUCGCUGCCCCGCUCCCUGUCACUGCCACACGCUGGGACUUCGGAGAUGGCUCCCCCGAGGUGGAUGCUGCUGGGCCGGCUGCCUCGCAUCGCUAUGUGCUGCCUGGGCGCUAUCACGUGACGGCCGUGCUGGCCCUGGGGGCCGGCUCAGCCCUGCUGGGGACGGACGUGCAGGUGGAGGCGGCACCUGCCACCCUGGAGCUCGUGUGCCCGUCCUCGGUGCAGAGUGACGAGAGCCUCGACCUCAGCAUCCGGAACCGCGGUGGUUCAGGCCUGGAGGCCGCCUACAGCAUCGUGGCCCUGGGCGAGGAGCCGGCCCGAGCGGUGCACCCGCUCUGCCCCUCGGACACGGAGAUCUUCCCUGGCAGCGGGCACUGCUACCGCCUGGUGGUGGAGAAGGCGGCCUGGCUGCAGGCGCAGGAGCAGUGUCGGGCCUGGGCUGGGGCCGCCCUGGCAAUGGUGGACAGUCCCGCCGUGCAGCGCUUCCUGGUCUCCCGGGUCACCAGGAGCCUAGACGUGUGGAUCGGCUUCUCGACUGUGCAGGGGGUGGAGGUGGGCCCAGCGCCGCAGGGCGAGGCCUUCAGCCUGGAGAGCUGCCAGAACUGGCUGCCCGGGGAGCCACACCCAGCCACAGCCGAGCACUGCGUCCGGCUCGGGCCCACCGGGUGGUGUAACACCGACCUGUGCUCAGCGCCGCACAGCUACGUCUGCGAGCUGCGGCCCGGAGGCCCAGUGCAGGAUGCCGAGAACCUCCUCGUGGGAGCGCCCAGUGGGGACCUGCAGGGACCCCUGACGCCUCUGGCACAGCAGGACGGCCUCUCAGCCCCGCACGAGCCCGUGGAGGUCAUGGUAUUCCCGGGCCUGCGUCUGAGCCGUGAAGCCUUCCUCACCACGGCCGAAUUUGGGACCCAGGAGCUCCGGCGGCCCGCCCAGCUGCGGCUGCAGGUGUACCGGCUCCUCAGCACAGCAGGGACCCCGGAGAACGGCAGCGAGCCUGAGAGCAGGUCCCCGGACAACAGGACCCAGCUGGUCCCCGCGUGCAUGCCAGGGGGACGCUGGUGCCCUGGAGCCAACAUCUGCUUGCCGCUGGACGCCUCCUGCCACCCCCAGGCCUGCGCCAAUGGCUGCACGUCAGGGCCAGGGCUACCCGGGGCCCCCUAUGCGCUAUGGAGAGAGUUCCUCUUCUCCAUUCCCGCGGGGCCCCCCCGCGCAGUACUCGGUGUCACCCUCCACGGCCAGGAUGUCCUCAUGCUCCCUGGUGACCUCGUUGGCUUGCAGCACGAUGCUGGCCCUGGCGCCCUCCUGCACUGCUCGCCGGCUCCCAGCCACCCUGGUCCCCAGGCCCCGUACCUCUCUGCCAACGCCUCGUCAUGGCUGCCCCACUUGCCAGCCCAGCUGGAGGGCACUUGGGCCUGCCCUGCCUGUGCCCUGCGGCUGCUUGCAGCCACGGAACAGCUCACCGUGCUGCUGGGCCUGAGGCCCAACCCUGUGCUGCGGCUGCCUGGGCGCUAUGAGGUCCUGGCAGAGGUGGGCAAUGGCGUGUCCAGGCACAACCUGUCCUGCAGCUUUGACGUGGUCUCCCCAGUGGCUGGGCUGCGGGUCAUCUACCCUGCCCCCCAUGACGGCCGCCUCUACGUGCCCACCAACGGCUCGGCCUUGGUGCUCCAGGUGGACUCUGGUGCCAACGCCACGGCCACGGCUCGCUGGCCCGGGGGCAGUGUCAGCGCCCGCUUUGAGAAUGCCUGCCCUGCCCUGGUGGCCACCUUCGUGCCCGGCUGCCCCUGGGAGACCAAUGAUACCCUGUUCUCAGCGGUAGCACUGCCGUGGCUCAGUGAGGGGGAGCACGUGAUGGACGUUGUGGUGGAAAACAGCGCCAGCCGGGCCAACCUCAGCCUGCGGGUGACGGCGGAGGAGCCCAUCUGUGGCCUCCGCGCCACGCCCAGCCCCGAGGCCCGUGUACUGCAGGGAGUCCUAGUGAGGUACAGCCCCGUGGUGGAGGCCGGCUCGGACAUGGUCUUCCGGUGGACCAUCAACGACAAGCAGUCCCUGACCUUCCAGAACGUGGUCUUCAAUGUCAUUUAGCAGAGCGCGGCGGUCUUCAAGCUCUCACUGACGGCCUCCAACCACGUGAGCAACGUCACUGUGAACUACAACGUCACCGUGGAGCGGAUGAACAGGAUGCAGGGCCUGCGGGUCUCCACAGUGCCGGCCGUGCUGUCCCCCAAUGCCACGCUGGCACUGACGGCGGGCGUGCUGGUGGACUCGGCCGUGGAGGUGGCCUUCCUGUGGACCUUUGGGGAUGGGGAGCAGGCCCUCCACCAGUUCCAGCCUCCGUACAACGAGUCCUUCCCGGUUCCAGACCCCUCGGUGGCCCAGGUGCUGGUGGAGCACAAUGUCACGCACACCUACGCUGCCCCAGGUGAGUACGUCCUGACCGUGCUGGCAUCUAAUCCCUUUGAGAACCGGACGCAGCAGGUGCCUGUGAGCGUGCGCGCCUCCCUGCCCUCCAUGGCUGUGGGUGUGAGUGAUGGCGUCCUGGUGGCCGGCCGGCCCAUCACCUUCUACCCGCACCCGCUGCCCUCGCCUGGGGGUGUUCUUUACACGUUGGACUUCGGGGACGGCUCCCCUGUCCUGACCCAGAGCCAUCCGGCUGCCAACCACACCUAUGCCUCGAGGGGCACCUACCACGUGCGCCUGGAGGUCAACAACACGGUGAGCGGUGCGGCGGCCCAGGCGGAUGUGCGCGUCUUUGAGGAGCUCCGCGGGCUCAGCGUGGACAUGAGCCUGGCCGUGGAGCAGGGCGCCCCCGUGGUGGUCAGCGCCGCGGUGCAGACGGGCGACAACAUCACGUGGACCUUCGAGAUGGGGGACGGCACCGUGCCGUCGGGCCCGGAGGCCACAGUGGAGCAUGUGUACCUGCGGGCACAGAACUGCACAGUGACCGUGGGUGCGACCAGCCCCGCCGGCCACCUGGCCCGGAGCCUGCACGUGCUGGUCUUCGUCCUGGAGGUGCUGCGCGUCGAGCCCACCGCCUGCAUCCCCACGCAGCCUGACGCGCGGCUCACGGCCUACGUCACCGGGAACCCGGCCCACUACCUCUUCGAUUGGACCUUUGGGGAUGGCUCCUCCAACACGACCGUGCGGGGGUGCCCGACGGUGACGCACAACUUCACGCGGAGUGGCACGUUCCCCCUGGCGCUGGUGCUGUCCAGCCGCGUGAACAGGGCGCAUUACUUCACCAGCAUCUGCGUGGAGCCAGAGGUGGGCAACGUCACCCUGCAGCCAGAGAGGCAGUUUGUGCAGCUUGGGGACGAGGCCCGGCUGGUGGCAUGUGCCUGGCCCCCGUUCCCCUACCGCUAUACCUGGGACUUUGGCACUGAGGAAGCCGCCCCCGCCCGUGCCGGGGGCCCUGAGGUGACGUUCAUCUACCGAGACCCAGGCUCCUAUCUUGUGACAGUCACCGCGUCCAACAACAUCUCCGCUGCCAAUGACUCAGCCCUGGUGGAGGUGCAGGAGCCCGUGCUGGUCACCAGCAUCAAGGUCAGUGGCUCCCUUGGGCUGGAGCUGCAGCAGCCCUACCUGUUCUCUGCUGUGGGCCGUGGGCGCCCCCCAGCUAGCUACCUGUGGGAUCUGGGGGAUGGUGGGCGGCUCGAGGGUCCGGAGGUCACCCACGCUUACAACAGCACAGGUGACUUCACCGUUAGGGUGGCCGGCUGGAAUGAGGUGAGCCGCAGCGAGGCCUGGCUCAAUGUGACGGUGAGGCGGCGCGUGUGGGGGCUCGUCGUCAAUGCCAGCCGCACAGUGGUGCCCCUGAAUGGGAGCGUGAGCUUCAGCACCUCGCUGGAGGCCGGCAGUGAUGUGCGCUAUUCCUGGGUGCUCUGUGACCGCUGCACGCCCAUCCCUGGGGUUCCUACCAUCUCUUACACCUUCCGCUCCGUUGGCACCUUCAAUAUCAUCGUCACGGCUGAGAACGAGGUGGGCUCCACCCAGGACAGCAUCUUCGUCUAUGUCCUGCAGCUCAUAGAGGGGCUGCAGGUGGUGGGCGGUGGCCGCUACUUCCCCACCAACCACACGGUACAGCUGCAGGCCGUGGUCAGGGACGGCACCAACAUAUCCUACAGCUGGACUGCCUGGAGGGACAGGGGCCCGGCCCUGGCCGGCAGCGGCAAAGGCUUCUCGCUCACCGCGCUUGAGGCCAGCACCUACCAUGUGCAGCUGCGGGCCACCAACAUGCUGGGCAGUGCCUGGGACAACUGCACCGUGGACUUCGUGGAGCCUGUGGGGUGGCUGAUGGUGGCCGCCUCCCCGAACCCAGCUGCCGUCAACACAAGCGUCACCCUCAGUGCCGAGCUGGCUGGUGGCAGUGGUGUCGUAUACACUUGGUCCUUGGAGGAGGGGCUGAGCUGGGAGACCCCCGAGUCAUUUACCACCCACAGCUUCCCCACACCCGGCCUGCACUUGGUCACCAUGACGGCAGGGAACCCGCUGGGCUCAGCCAACGCCACUGUGUAAGUGGAUGUGCAGGUGCCUGUGAGUGGCCUCAGCAUCAGGGCCAGCGAGCCGGGAGGCAGCUUCGUGGCGGCCGGGUCCUCUGUGCCCUUUUGGGGGCAGCUGGCCACGGGCACCAAUGUGAGCUGGUGCUGGGCUGUGCCCGGCAGAAGCAGCAAGCGUGGCUCUCAUGUCACCAUGGUCUUCCCGGAUGCUGGCACCUUUUCCAUCCGGCUCAAUGCCUCCAACGCAGUCAGCUGGGUCUCAGCCACGUACAACCUCACGGUGGAGGAGCCCAUCGUGGGCCUGGUGCUGUGGGCCAGCAGCAAGGUGGUGGCGCCCGGGCAGCUUGUCCAUUUUCAGAUCCUGCUGGCUGCCGGCUCAGCUGUCACCUUCCGCCUGCAGGUCGGCGGGGCCAGCCCCGAGGUGCUCCCAGGCCCCGUUUUCUCCCACAGCUUCCCCCGCGUCGGAGACCACGUGGUGAGCGUGCAGGGCAAAAACCACGUGAGCUGGGCCCAGGCGCAGGUGCGCAUCGUGGUGCUGGAGGCCGUGAGCGGGCUGCAGGUGCCCAACUGCUGCGAGCCUGGCAUCGCCACGGGCACUGAGAGGAACUUCACAGCCCGCGUGCAGCGCGGCUCUUGGGUCGCCGACGCCUGGUACUUCUCACUGCAGAAGGUCCAGGGCGACUCGCUGGUCAUCCUGUCAGGCCGCGACGUCACCUACACGCCCGUGGCCGCGAGGCUGUUGGAGAUCCAGGUGCGCGCCUUCAACGCCCUGGGCAGUGAGAACCGCACGCUGGUGCUGGAGGUUCAGGAUGCUGUCCAGUAUGUGGCCCUGCGGAGUGGCCCCUGCUUCACCAACAGCUCGGCGCAGUUUGAGGCCGCCACCAGCCCCAGCCCCCGGCGCGUGGCCUACCACUGGGACUUUGGGGAUGGGUCCCCAGGGCAGGACACAGAUGAGCCCAGGGCUGAGCACUCCUACCUGAGGCCUGGGGACUACCGCGUGCAGGUGAACGCCUCCAACCUGGUGAGCUUCUUCGUGGCGCAGGCCACGGUGACCGUCCAGGUGCUGGCCUGCCGGGAGCCGGAGGUGGACGUGGUCCUGCCCCUGCAGGUGCUGAUGCGGCGAUCACAGCGCAACUACCUGGAUGCCCACGUUGAGCUGCGCGACUGCGUCACCUACCAGACUGAGUACCGCUGGGAGGUAUACCGCACCGCCAGCUGCCAGCGGCCGGGGCGCCCGGCGCGUGUGGCCCUGCCCGGCGUGGAUGUGAGCCGGCCUCACCUGGUGCUGCCGCGGUUGGCGCUGCCUGUGGGGCACUACUGCUUUGUGUUUGUCGUGUCAUUUGGGGACACGCCACUGGCACGGAGCAUCCAGGCCAAUGUGACGGUGGCCCCCGAGCGCCUGGUGCCCAUCACUGAGGGUGGCUCAUACCGCGUGUGGUCAGACACACAGGACCUGGUGCUGGAUGAGAGCGAGUCCUACGACCCCAACCUGGAGGACGGCGACCGGACGCCGCUCAGUUUCCACUGGGCCUGUGUGGCUUCGACACAGAGGGAGGCUGGUGGGUGUGCGCUGAACUUUGGGCCCCGCGGGAGCAGCACGGUCACCAUUCCACGGGAGCGGCUGCGGCUGGCGGCUGGCGUGGAGUACACCUUCAGCCUCACCGUGUGGAAGGCCGGCCGCAAGGAGGAGGCCACCAACCAGACGGUGCUGAUCCGGAGUGGCCGGGUGCCCAGUGUGUCCUUGGAGUGUGUGUCCUGCAAGGCGCAGGCCGUGUACGAAGUGAGCCGCAGCUCCUACGUGUACCUGGAGGACCGCUGCCUCAAUUGCAGCAGCGGCUCCAAGCAAGGGCGGUGGGCUGCACGUACGUUCAGCAACAAGACGCUGGUGCUGGAUGAGACCACCACAUCCACGGGCAGCGCAGGCAUGCGACUGGUGCUGCGGCGGGGCGUGCUGCGGGACGGCGAGGGAUACACCUUCACGCUCACGGUGCUGGGCCGCUCUGGCGAGGAGGAGGGCUGCGCCUCCAUCCGCCUGUCCCCCAACCGCCCGCCGCUGGGGGGCUCUUGCCGCCUCUUCCCACUGGGCGCUGUGCACGCCCUCACCACCAAGGUGCACUUCGAAUGCAUGGGCUGGCAUGACGCGGAGGAUGCUGGUGCCCCGCUGGUGUACGCCCUGCUGCUGCGGCGCUGUCGCCAGGGCCACUGCGAGGAGUUCUGUGUCUACAAGGGCAGCCUCUCCAGCUACGAAGCAGUGCUGCCCCCGGGUUUCAGGCCACACUUCGAGGUGGGCCUGGCCGUGGUGGUGCAGGACCAACUGGGAGCCGCUGUGGUCGCCCUCAACAGGUCUCUGGCCAUCACCCUCCCAGAGCCCAACGGCAGCGCAACGGGGCUCACAGUCUGGCUGCACGGGCUCACCACUAGUGUGCUCCUGGGGCUGCUGCGGCAGGCCAAUCCCCAGCAUGUCAUUGAGUACUCGCUGGCCCUGGUCACCGUGCUGAACGAGUACGAGCAGGCCCUGGAAGUGGCGGCAGAGCCCAAGCACGAGCGGCAGCGCCGAGCCCAGAUACGCAAGAACAUCACAGAGACUCUGGUGUCCCUGCGGGUCCACACUGUGGAUGACAUCCAGCAGAUCGCUGCUGCGCUGGCCCAGUGCAUGGGGCCCAGCAGGGAGCUCGUAUGCCGCUCGUGCCUGAAGCAGAUGCUGCACACUGAGGCCAUGAUGCGCAUCCUGCAGGCAGAGACCACCGUGGGCACCAUGACGCCCACCGCCAUCGGAGACAGCAUCCUCAACAUCACAGGAGACCUCAUCCACCUGGCCAGCUCAGAUGUGCGGGCACCACAGCCCUCAGAGCUGGGAGCCGAGCUGGGAGCCGAGUCACCAUCGCGGAUGGUGGCGUCCCAGGCCUACAACCUGACCUCUGCCCUCAUGCGCAUCCUCAUGCGCUCCCGCGUGCUCAACGAGGAGCCCCUGACGCUGACGGGCGAGGAGAUCGUGGCCCAGGGCAAGCGCUCGGACCCGCAGAGCCUGCUGUGCUAUGGCUGCACCCCAGGGCCUGGCUGCCACUUCUCCAUCCCCGAGGCUUUCAGCGGGGCCCUGGCCAACUUCAGUGACGUGGUGCAGCUCAUCUUUCUGGUGGACUCCAAUCCCUUUCCCUUUGGCUAUAUCAGCAACUACACCGUCUCCACCAAGGUGGCCUCGAUGGCGUUCCAGACACAAGCCGGCGCCCAGAUCCCCAUCGAGCGGCUGGCCUCAGAGUGCGCCAUCACCGUGAAGGUGCCCAACAACUCGGACUGGGUUGCCCGGGGCCACCACAGCUCUGCCAACUCCGUUGUGGUCCAGCCCCAGGCCUCCGUCGGUGCUGUGGUCACCCUGGAUAGCAGCAACCCUGCGGCCGUGCUGCAUCUGCAGCUCAACUAUACGCUGCUGGACGACCGCUACCUGUCUGAGGAACCCGAGCCCUACCUGGCAGUCUAUCUGCACUCGGAGCCCCGGCCCAAUGAGCACAACUGCUCGGCUAGCAGGAGGAUCCGCCCAGAGUCACUCCAGGGUGCCAACCACCGGCCCUACACCUUCUUCAUUUCCCCGGGGACCAGAGACCCAGCGGGGAGUUACCAUCUGAACCUCUCCAGCCACUUCCGCUGGUCGGCGCUGGAGGUGUCCGUGGGCCUGUACACGUCCCUGUGCCAGUACUUCAGCGAGGAGGACGUGGUGUGGCGGACAGAGGCGCUGCUGCCCCUGGAGGAGACCUCGCCCUGCCAGGCCGUCUGCCUCACCCGCCACCUCGCCGCCUUCAGCGCCAGCCUCUUCGUGCCCCCAAGCCAUGUCCGCUUUGUCUUUCCUGAGCCGACAGCGGAUGUAAACUACAUCGUCAUGCUGACAUGUGCUGUGUGCCUGGUGACCUACAUGGUCAUGGCCGCCAUCGUGCACAAGCUGGACCAGUUGGAUGCCAGCCGGGGCCGCGCCAUCCCCUUCUGUGGGCAGCGGGGCCGCUUCAAGUACGAGAUCCUCGUCAAGACAGGCUGGGGCCGUGGCUCAGGUACCACGGCCCACGUGGGCAUCAUGCUGUAUGGGGUGGACAGCCAGAGCGGCCACCGGCACCUGGACGGCGACAGAGCCUUCCACCGCAACAGCCUGGACAUCUUCUGGAUCGCCACUCCGCACAGCCUGGGUAGCGUGUGGAAGAUCCGAGUGUGGCACGACAACAAAGGGCUCAGCCCUGCCUGGUUCCUGCAGCACAUCAUCGUCAGGAACCUGCAGACGGCACGCAGCGCCUUCUUCCUUGUCAAUGACUGGCUUUCGGUGGAGACGGAGGCCAACGGGGGCCCGGUGGAGAAGGAGGUGCUGGCCGUGAGCGACGCAGCCCUGUUGCGCUUCCGGCGCCUGCUGGUGGCUAAGCUGCAGCGCGGCUUCUUUGACAAGCACAUCUGGCUCUCCAUAUGGGACCGGCCGCCUCGUAGCCGUUUCACUCACAUGCAGAGGGCCACCUGCUGCGUUCUCCUCAUCUGCCUCUUCCUGGGCGCCAACGCCGUGUGGUACGGGGCUGUUGGCGACUCUGCCUACAGCACGGGGCGUGUGUCCAGGCUGAGCCCGCUGAGCAUCAACACAGUCGCUGUUGGCCUGGUGUCCAGCGUGGUUGUCUAUCCCGUCUACCUGGCCAUCCUCUUUCUCUUCCGGAUGUCCCGGAGCAAGGUAGGCUGGGGCUGGGGACCCGGGAGUACUGGGAAUGGAGCCUGGGCCUCGGCACCAUGCCCAGGGCCGCCACUUUCCAGUGCUGCAGCCAGAGGGAAAGGCGUCCACCAAAGGCUGCUCGGGAAGGGUCAACACACUUGAGCAGCUUAGCUAGACUGACCAGGGAGAAAGAGAGAAGACUCAGAAGCCAGAAUCGUGAAAGAACGAGGGCACUUCGCUAAGCAGACGCCACGGACAACUGCACAGCAGCACGCCAGAUAACUCAGAAGAAGCAAGCACGCGGCUGUGCACGCUUCCAAAAUGCACUCCAGAAGAAAAUCUCAGUAAAUCUAUAGCAAGUGAAGAGGCCGAGUUAGUCCCUUAGAAACCUCCCAGUGGCCGGGCCGGGUGUGGUGGCUCACGCCUGUAAUCCCAACACUUCAGGAGGCCGAGGUGGGCAGAUCUGAGUCCAGGAGUUUGAGACCAGCCUGGGCAACAUAGCAAGACCCCAUCUAUAUAAAACAUUAAAAAGGGCCAGGCACAGUGGCUCACGCCUGUAAUCCCAGCACUUUGGGAGGCCGAAGCGGGCAGAUCACUUGAGGUCAGGAGUUCGAGACCAGCCUGGCCAGCACAGUGAAACCCUGUCUCUACUAAAAAUACAAAAAAUUAGCUGGGCAUCGUGGCAGGCACCUGUAAUCCCAGCUACUCAGGAGGCUGAGCCAGGACAAUCGCCUGAACGCAGGAGGUGGAGGUUGAAGUGAGCCGAGCUCGUGCUAUCACACUACAGCCUGGGCAAUAAGAGUGAAACUCCGUCUCAAAAAAAAAAAAAAAAAAACGAAAAUAAAACGGCAUUUAGAGUUGAAAGCUUCACCUUCCUCUCUGGAUGGUGAGUCCUCACUCUCCCAGCAGCCCACGCCUCUGCCUCAAACCUCCAUGGCUCCCAUGAGUCUGGAUAAAGCUAAGGAGUCUCACUGCACCUCAAGUCCUGGGGGUAGUCAGCCCCUCUCACCCCUCCCUCAUCCUCUCACACAAGAGUCAUUUACUGUCCCUCCAGUUAUGCCCGGUCAUGCAGACACUCUGCUGCUCGAAUGCCCUCACCCUAUCCUCAGCCUGCUCCCAGGCCACCUCCCUCCAGAAUCCACCUUGCCUGCCAGGUGGCCAUAGGGACCCUCGCCAUACUGUCUGCUUGUGGCAGUGCCUUCCAGCCUGGGGGGUCUUCCAGAGCAGAUAUCUGGCCAAGCGCAGUGGCUCAUGCCUAUAAUCUCAGCACUUUCAGAGGCCAAGGCAGGUGGAUCACCUGAGGUCAGGAGUUCGAGACCAGCCUUGCUAACAUGGUGAAACCCCGUCUCUACUAAAAAUACAAAAAUUAGCCAGGUGUGGUGGUGGUGCAUGCCUGUAGUCCCAGCUACUCAGGAGGCUGAGGCAGGAGAAUCUCUUGGACCCGGGAGGUGGAGGUUGCAGUGAGCCGAAAUGGUGCCACUGCACUCCAGCCUGGGCAACAGUGAGACUCUGUCUUAAAAAAAAAAAAAAAAAGAAAAAGAGCGGAGCUCUGAUAUAAGCUGCCCUGGCACACAGUGAGCUUCCAGAAAUGGUCCCUUGACCUCUAAAUCCACCAAGACCCAGGGAACAUGCCCUCUCUGAGCACUCUGAGAAUGAUUUGCAUUUCUCUAAUGACCAGUGAUGAUGAGCUUUUCUUCACAUGUUUGUUGGCCACAUAAAUGUCUUCUUUUGAGAAGUGUCUGUUCAUAUCCUCCGGCCACUUUUGGAUGGGGUUGUUUUUUUCUUGUAAAUAUGUUUAAGUUCCUUGUGGAUUCUGGAUAUUAGCCCGAUGGAUAGAUUGCAGAACUUUUCUCCCAUUCUGUAAGUUGCCUGUUCACUCUGAUGAUAGUUUGUUUUGCUGUGCAGAAGCUCUUUAGUUUAAUUAGAUCCCAUUUGUCAAUUUUGGCUUUUGUUGCCAUUGCUUUUGGUGUUUCAGUCAUGAAGCCUUUGCCCGUGCCUAUGUCCUGAAUGGUAUUGCCUAGGUUUUCUUCUUGGGUUUUUAUGGUUUUAGGUCUAACAUUUAAGACUUUAAUCAAUCUUGAGUUAAUUUUUGUAUCAGGUGUAAGGAAGGGGCCCAGUUUCAGUUUUCUGCAUAUGGCUAGCCAGUUUUCCCAACACCAUUUUAAAUAGGGAAUCCUUUCCCAUUCUUGUUUUUUAUUACAACUUUUUACCUAAACAUUCAAUAGUUUUCACUAACUUUUUGGCAUUGAGGCAGCUGAGUCUAAGUAGGUUAAAUCACUUAUCUGAGGUCACACGGCAGGACAGUGCUUGUUCUGCAAAGUUAAGUGUGUUUCUUUUUGUGGACCAUGAGAACAUCUCCAACUGCCCUUUUUGACUUGGCCACCAGGGAACUCACCGCCAUGUUCUCAAAUCCAGUUUAGUAACUGGUCUUCUGGCCUGUAUAUCUUUAUUCUACCUUCCAUCCUGCUCUGUUCUGCUUUUACCUCUUAUUCUAGAUUAUCUUUCUUUAGUCCUAAUUUUAAAUUUAUAUGUCUAGUCUUGUUAUAUAUAUUUUUUGGCAUCUACUGUAAGUGGGUAGUGAACGAAUAAACAAAAUGUGAUGAAUUUUAGAGGACUAAGAAGGGCCUAAGUCACACCAAGAUUCAUGCUGGAUAAUUUGUCAUCGACCCAGACUGUGGUUCUGCACUCGCCAGUAACCAGUUUUUUUUGUUUUUGUUUUUGUUUUUGCUUUUUGCCAACCAUACAUUUUGCUUUCAUGGUAUCGAAGUGGUUUAAGCUUAUGGCUUCCAGCCUGCAGUGGCCAUGAGGGGUCAGUCUCUCGUCAGGAGGGGUUGGCAGACUCUGUUCUCAGAUAGGCAGCAGGGAUGGAGGUGGGGCAGGAGCAAUUUCACUACCUGCCUGGCGUCUGGGUCUUGCUUAGAGAAAUAAUUCCAGGCUCUGCUGCUUUCGACUCUGUCUCUCAUGGUUCCACUGAUUCCUGCAGAGAUCUAGAGAGAAAAUUUCCAGCUAGGAGUUUCUGGCUCGUUUGAUUUUGAACAUGUUUUGAGUAUUCCACCCCUUACCCCCCCCCCGCCCCCACUCACUACUCUAUAAUCUUUUUUUUUUUUUUAAGAAAACAGUUUGAAAGCAAAAAUAAAUAAAUAAUUCAAAACAGGGGCCAUUUUUAUUUACUUUGGUUGUUUCAGGAUAGGGAAGGGAGCUUACACUUUUUUUGAACUCUUAUUCUAUGCCAGCCGAUGUGCUACAUUCUUAGCUUAAAAGCCUGCUUCUCUUUGAUUUCAGAAUAACUUGGAAAUAAAUUAUCAGACCCUGCAUGCUCUGAUCCUGGCUGUCUGCUCUAACUAAAUCUCCCCUUCUUUGCUUCCUCCAGAGAGUUGUUCUCCCUUCACCUCCCAGCACAAGCUUUGCACGUGUUGCCGUCUGUCCUACAAAGGUCCGUCCCUUCCCAGUCUCCGUGUGACUCCCUCCUUCACACCCAUGGUUCUCCACUGAAAUGUCCUUUGAGCGCUUCUCAGAUGCCUCAAUCUAAAGUAGAUGAUUCCGGGCUGGGUGCAGUGGCUCACGCCUGUAAUCCCAGCACUUUGGGAGGCUGAGGCAGGCAGAUCACCUGACAUCAGGAGUUCAAGACCAGCCUGGCCAACAUAGUAAAACCCCGUGUCUACUAAAAAUACAAAAAUAAGCCCGGCAUGGUGGCGGGUGCCUGUAAUCCCAGCUACUUGGGAGGCUGAGGCAGGA